ACCUCUCGUCGUUUUUGUCGCAGUCUUUCCUUCUUUGUCUUCGCGAUGAUCCAUCAAUUGUCACUAAGUCACCUCGCGCGCUUUCGAGACAGCUGUCCGUCCCGCCUCGGGUGUCUGUACACCCGGCUGGUCUUGCGCGUGGCAUCUUUCGCGUGUUUUGAGGCAGCGUUUCUUCAAGAAAAGAGAAAGACGCUCUUCUAAGGGAAAUGCGACAAAAAAAGAGGACGGUUCUCCGAGGAAUCGCUCUCCUCUUCCCUCCACCCUGUCUCGCUCAUGCAACUUCCCUUUCUUCUCUUUACGGCUGCCAGGCGCAUCCUCUCUUCCUUUUCUGCCGUCUUCUCUACCGCGGUCGCUGCCUUCAGGAGUAUGUGCAGAGGAAAUCGAUUUCUCGUCUAGGGGGCCACCCUUCGUCUGACACACAGCUGAAUAAGCUCGGCGACUGCAGACGUCGUUCUCGUCUUUGUCGUCUUUGUUUUCACGGCUUCCUGCUCCAUCUGCUGGCUAUCUUCCUUCAAAGUUCUCUCCGCUGGCGGCGCCCCUCCGCAGUGGUCUCCCCCUGGGCCGAUCCAAAGGUCACUCAUGCCAGCAGUCGCACUUACCUUGCGCGGAAGCUGUCUCUGUCUCUCUUGUGUCACACUACCGCGUCUCGCUUUUGUCUCUUCAUCAUGCGCGUUCUCUCUGUUUCACCUUCUUCCUCUGUGUUCCGACUUCUUUUCUUUCAGCUCCGACUUCCACGCGUCGUGUCUCCUUCGCUGUGAGAGAUCAGCGUCUCGCACAGGCCCCGUAUCCCAGCGUAUCUCGCCGCUGUUCUUGGUAUCAGGGAGCCUCUCUGUUCUUAUCUUCCUUGGCGUAUCGUCUUCUUUCUUUGCUUCCUCGUUCGUUUUAGUCCCCUCGGCUUCUCUUCCAGGAGUCCUUUCGUCGUCUUCGUCUCACUCGUAGAGAAAAUCUUUUCUCUCCUUUCUUGUCUGUGUGACACUGUCCUUCUUUGUUCUCUCGUUCUUCCUCUCUCUCCGUCCCCCGUAUCCUCCCCUCUGCUCUUCUUCCCUUCUUGCCGUCUGCUCCUCUUCUCGUCUUCCUCUUUGUGUCACAGGCGGUCUCUUCCACUCUUUCUUUCCUCGCUGCCUCGUUCUGAGUCUCUCCUCAGUUCUGUCUGUCGUUUCGCUGCCUCGUGCUCGACUCGUUUUGUCACCUCUGCAUCUUUUCGGUUUCUUUCCCUUGCCUUCUCUCUUCGUCUGUUCUCUGACUCUCCAUCUUUUCUCUUCUUCGGCUUUGCUCUGGCCCUGCGUCUCUAAGAACUCCGUGCUGAAGCCGUUCUCACGAUGGAAGCGGAGGCCACCUGGGGGGUGGCGGGGUCGGGACAGUUUGGUUCGGGAGCUCCUCCGAACGACGGAGACGCCUUCGCUUCUGCGCGCUCUUCUUCCUCUCUGUCAGCUCCUUUCUGCGCCUCAGCUCAAGGUCCCGAAACGAACUCCGGGGGAACAGACACUCGCAAGGAAUCUGCGCAAGACACGCAAACGACUCAACCCGCACCUGCAAACGCGACUGCAGAGAACGCAUUCUCCUUCAAAGAGGACUUAACCUCAGACUGGUGCUUAGCAGUGAGUCGUGUAGACAGCGGACGCACGCUGUUGGAGCGUCUGAGGGCUGCGCUGCUCCUCCGCGCGAACGCAGCGGUUGAGCAAGCGAGCAAAAUGGAGAGUCUCGUUCAGACGUUUGUCGCGACCAACCUCGAAAGCAAGACCGUCAUGUCUGCCGUCAACGCUCUCCGUCUCGAGGCGGUCCACCAGGCCGAUCACUGCAGAGAGUUCGCCGAAGCGAUUCGGAGAGACGUCGUCGAGGGAACGCUCACAAACACCAUUCACAACCACUACCUCGUCCUCCAACAAAUCAAAGCAGACGGUUCGGAGGCGCAGAAGGAAUUGACUCUGGCAACGGUGGACCAUCAGAAAGCGAUGCACCGCUACCUGCGCUGCAGCAAGGAGGCGGCGGCGGCAGCUGUGAAGGCGCAAGCGGCAGAGGGUGAGGCGCCGAAUGUACGUACAGAGCUUGCGUUGUCGGCGAUUCGGCGCUGCGUGGAGGCGAAGGCCGCGGAGGACGAGCACCGGGAAAGUGUGGCGCGUUUGAAUGCUGCCGCGCAGGCGAACGAGAGGAAGAUGGCGAUUAUUCUUCAGUCCUUGCAAGACAUGGACGAGAAGCGCAUGCUCUGUUUCCGCGACGCUCUCCGAAAGGCUAUGGUCUACCAGGCGGCGUAUCUGCGAAACGUCCAGUACGACCUCGAGCAAACCAUCAAGACGGUGGACGCCGUCGACCCCAUGGCGGACCUUCAGGAGUUCCUCGGGAAGUAUCGACUGCCAAAGAAGCAAACGGGUGCCGACGUGAAGGUGCAGAGUUGGGUAGAGCUCGACAACACUUUCGGAGACGCCUUGCAGCCUUCAGCGUCUGUCACGCCUGUGCCGUGGGCGCCGGGGUCGACGCCAGCCCACGGCUCUUCGGGGUCUUCUGCCUUCCCUACCUCGUUCGCCGCCUCACCCUUCAGCUCCUCGCCGCUCGGCGUCUCUUCUCUGGGGGUCAGUUCUGCAGCUGCAGCGGCUUCCAAUGUCGCGCGAUCAUUCCUGCAGAAGUCCCCGUUCACUCGCGUGAUGCAAUCCGCCGCUUCGCUCGUCGCCGGCCGCGGGCCCGCCAGCGAGUCAGGUGUACAUACGCCCCAGGUGCCGGAGGCCGCGGCGGGGGAGUCGCUCGCCGCAGAGGACCAGCGGCCACAGGGCGGGGGGGGGGGUUCGGCGAGCGGAGCAGGUCGUUCCGAGGAGAAACGCGGGCGCCGAGAAGAAAAAACCUCGUUUUUCGCGCUGAUUACGAGAAGCGAGGAACAGGACCUUCCUGCCAACGCGGAGAGCGGAGACGAGGCGAAGGUGCGAUCUGAGAGGGAGUUCGACGCCCUCCUCGACCUGCUCUGGUCAGAGGCUGAGCCAGCCGAGAAGCGCAACGGCGCGGGCGAUGUGGAAUCCGAAGGCAGACCCGUCACCGCGUUCGUCGUCGACCCCGCCCAGUGUCCCUACAGCCCAGAGGUCCGACACCAGCUCGAUGCGGCACUCCCGCGGCUGAAAAGCGACUUCGCCUCGCCUGCGAAGCGCCUCGCCUUCCUUAAGGCUGUCGAACGCAGGCGCCGAGCGUGCAUGGUUCGCGGCCACAAGCAAGUGUACCUACACCACAUGCUGUGCCUGCGAAUCCUCGGCGAGAUCAGCGAGUGGCUGCUGGACGCCGCCGACGAGCAACUGGACGUCUGGACGGGGCGCAUGCUCCUCCUUCUCUCCAUGCAAAUCGCGGCCUCGGGCCUCAAGAGCGCAGACCCGCAAAUGCAGACCUUUUCUUGGGUGGACUUUGCUCAGUCGUGUGCAGAAAUCGACAAGAAAGAUCGAGGCGACGCCCGAAACACCCUACCCGCGACCGAAGCCGAGACUGUUCGGUGGUCCCUACAUCGGUGCAUCUACCACCACCGCUACUGGAACCGCGUCACCUUCUGGGAGGAGGCACUCACGCUGACCAUCAGCGAGGAAUUUCAGCGCCAGAAGUUGAUGGAGAAGUGGCGAACUAUGGGCGACGAGGUUCUUCAGCAGGAGGAGAAGGCGUUUCGCGAGAGGAAUCCUUGCUGCGGGUGUCUCACAUCUUUUGGUUCUUUCAUGGUCCUCUACGGCAUCGCCCCCGAGCAAGUGCAGUCUCUCCUUCUCGUUGUUUGUCGCGCUUGUCACUUGGAGGACGAAUUCGCAGCCCGCCUCGUCGAAGGAAUGCAACAGUUCGCUUCCCCUACAGUCAACGCUAACAAAGCCUCCGCUUCAUCCUCUUCUGCAGCAUCUUCUUCUUCAAGUGUCUCCUCUUCAUCAUGUCCACCUUCUUCUUCGUCGGAUCCACCUUGUUCGUCACUUCCCUUUGGCUCGGAUUCUUCUUCAAGGAAAGUCAUGGGGAGUCUUGGGUCUCCCGGAGAGGCGGCGCGGGAAGCAGGUGUCUCUUCCGCGGAGACAGAGAUGAGACUGAGGGCGCCCGCAGAGAGGGGAGGAGACAGUUGUUCUCCGCGUGCAGGCAGCUUCGAAGAGCGCGAGCAGAAACGAGAGGACGAGAGACUAUCGGAAGCGAAGGAAGUCAAUACGCCUGGCGAGGGAAGGGAGGAGAAGGAAGAGCGGCAGAUACACGACGGGCAAGAAAACGACGAGACAUUGCAAAAGAGAAAAGACUCGGAGAGGAUCGGCUCUUUUUGAUGAGAAGCGCAGACGAGCAUGACAGAUGAGAAAGCAGAAACCAGCAAAAACAUGAGAAGAGGAGACACAGGGAAUGAAACGAGGAGCGAAGUGUGGAGAGAAGACAGAGCGAGUAGAGAAGGGGAUAAGACGGAGAAGGAAAACAAGGAGAAAGAAGAAAAAAGUGAAAGGACCUCUAGGGAAGACGCCUCCCCUUCGGUGCUCCUUAGCCAGUUGAGGAAGACAAAAUAUAUAUUUCUUCUCGCUUUUUGGACUGCGUUCUAAAAAGGUUUUUCCGAAAGAUUCUUUGCAUGCAAAACCGAAGAAAGAAACCACGAAGGAGCAGCAGAGAAGAUAGCUUUUAAGAGAAAAAGAAGAUGCCCUCUCUUCCGGAGUACGAAUCUGAGGAGACGCGGACAUGGCGUAUCAGCUCGGACUGUCGCAUCUCCGAGGGAAAAGAAGAGAAAGGGGACCUCUCCACAGUGUACAUACAGUAGUCGUUGAUCUCUGUUUUUGUCUACAGUUUCGUGUAGGUGCAAUUGUGUCACUUUUAUCUUCAACACUUGCUUGCACCAUGUUCACGGGACUUUUGCAUCCGCAGUGAAAGGAAUGCGUCUUGAAAAGACUCUUAGACGGGCGGCUCUCGUGCUUCUCGCGCUCUAAAAGAUUCGAUCUGCGAAUUCAGUCAUUGGCAAUUCUUUUUUAUCCUAGUCAAAUCACAUUAUUUCUUAUGUGCAAGAUUCGUAAGGUACGCCGGGGAUGAGGCCAGAUAC